GCUUCUGGAGUAACAGUGAAUGAUGAAGUCAUAAAGGUUUUUAAUGACAUGAAAGUAAGGAAAUCUUCAACCCCAGAAGAGAUUAAAAAAAGAAAGAAAGCCGUUCUCUUCUGCUUAAGUGAUGACAAAAAACAAAUUAUUGUAGAGGAGUCAAAGCAGAUAUUGGUUGGUGACAUUGGAGAUACUGUGGAGGACCCCUAUACAGCCUUUGUGAAGUUGCUACCUUUGAAUGAUUGCCGAUACGCUUUGUAUGAUGCCACAUAUGAGACAAAGGAAUCUAAGAAAGAAGACCUGGUAUUUAUAUUCUGGGCUCCUGAAAGUGCACCUUUAAAAAGUAAGAUGAUCUACGCAAGCUCUAAAGAUGCCAUUAAAAAGAAAUUUACAGGUAUUAAACAUGAGUGGCAAGUAAAUGGUUUGGAUGAUAUUAAGGACCGUUCAACACUUGGAGAGAAAUUGGGAGGCAACGUGGUAGUUUCACUUGAAGGAAAACCCUUAUAAAAAGACAGACAAGUGCCAUCUGGAUCUAAGGAGCUUCCAUUUCUGCAGCUCGUUCAAUUGGAAUAGUAUUAGUCUCCCCGUCCCCUUCCCUCCUCAAAAAAUAAGUCCCUUCCCUAAUGCCCCUGAAGGAGAUGUCAUUGUUAAGCAGUCUACCAGUGAUUGCCAUUAGACUGUUUAAUCCUGGUAGUUUUAUGUAGGAUCCAAGGAAUGCUUUCACGUCAUACUCUUAGCCAAAACUGACGUUGCAGGCAUUCCUUGCAACAUGUACAAUGAAUGUGAUAGUUAAUGUGAAUAGUCUAGCAGGCAGCAAAGGGUAAGCUAAAGGAAUGCCUUGAAAGUAUUGUCCACUGGUCGGAUGGUAGACUCUAUACAGUAUUACUUACAGUUGCACUUGAUUGCAGUUCCAUGAGGCUCUUGUGCAUUCAUACACCUCACCUGCCUUGACAAGCCUAUUUUUGUGACAUGGCAGCACACAACACUAUGCAUUUAAAGCACUUUUUUGUAAUAUGUUUGACCCGCCCCCCCCCCCAAAGGAAUGCCAAUUAAGUUGCUGUAACUGUGUCAUCAAAUUCUUGUAGUACCUCAGUUUCAUUCCUGUUACAUGCAUAUCUUUAUAAAUGAAGUAGCUGUUAUGAUGCCUUUUGUUUUCCAUUGAAUGUACACUACUGAACAGGAGUAGAAGUUAUCUGUUUACCAUGUGAGUCUUGAAACACUAAAGUUUUGUAAAACAUCAGUCAUGGUGGCAAUUUCUGUAUUAAAAAGAGCCUUAAGUGGAACAUUGUUUUUUGAGAUCAAAAACUGGCCACGUUGCAAUAAAACUUGUGGCAUAUUACAGAA